ACAUCGUCCUGCUUUGCGGUUCUACUACAGCCUCAAUAUACAUUCUCACGAUGUCUAAAGACAUCAAGGCUAGUGCACUUGACACUCUGUACGGCCUUGAAGAGCCUCUCGUCGAUACCACUGCGGCAAUACCGCUCCAUUCGAAGCGAACCGAACGACGUCAGAAGAAACGCCACCUCAAAGAAAAGUCGUCCAAACAACAUGCAACACUAUGGGACCUCCCCUCUGAACUUAUCACAGACAUUCUGACCCUCCUCAAACCAAGUGAUAUAUUCAGACUAUCAAGGGUCAACCGUCCUUUGCGGGGCUUCAUUCAAGACGAAGAAGGCAGACUUUGCCGGAAGAUUGUGGCGAAACGCUAUGCCGUUUUAUCACAAUGCUUCCCUCUUCCAGUUCUCCUCGAAAAUGUGGACGAGGAGAUUCAUCCAGCAAUGCUCAGUGAUGAAAGACAAGCUGCGAUGAAUAUCCACAAACGGCCAUACCAACAUAUCCAACCCCCAGACCAGUAUCUUAUCUGCACGUGCCUAACCUGCAUGCUGGCGUGGAACAACCUGAAUCUUGUCGUGGACUUUUCACAUUGGCAAAAGAACUUGGAAGAAGGAGAGCCAAUCCCUAUGAUUGCCCGUGGGAAGAGCCCGAGGUGGAACCAGAAGCUGACCGCGACAAAUGCGGAGGUAGUGGAGAAGGCUUUGCGUAGCUCCUUGUGGCACGCGCGGAUUCUGGAGUGCCACCUGAAGUCAACUAUAGGAUCUAUCCGGCGUCAUGGCAAUAACAAGGGAAACAAGCGUCGUAGAUUCUUGAUGUCGGCGGAUGAUGCAAAAGCGGAGACAGAUUUAUUUCUGGAGCGGAGCGGGCCACCUUCUCUAGACUUCCCGUUCCAUCGGGACAACUACUAUAUGCUGGAGGCAUACUUACCCAAUCGCGGGUGGAAUGCUGAAUUUUCGGAAUGGAGGUACAUGCCUGCUUCUCAGCAUGAUAGGGAUAUCGAGUUCGUCCAGCUCUGGGCGAAGAGGAGAUUAGGCCAGGCGGAAGUGACAGAGAAGGUAGAGAAGGCAGUGGGAGAAAGGAUGGCCGAAAGUGGGACAGAGAAAGCAGAUUGAUUUUUAGAAUUCUAUCAGGCUCCUCGCGUUGCCAACCUCGAGAUCCGACUUACAUCACUUGGAACUGUCGCCAAGCCUCAAAUAGGUAGGGUCUACAUGUCCAAAUUGGCCUGGCCUGGUGAACUCUGGUUGAUCGAAGACCCCAUUUCAUUCAAUAUCACCUGGCAUGCCUGAGUGAAUGACCAGAUCUAUCCUCAGCUGUCGUUCAGCCUGCCUGGCGGCGGGCGCAUGAGUAGGCCGGUUUCCAGAGCAUUACCUGAAAGGCUACAUGCAGAGUACCUGAAAGUCUACAUGCACAGUGGUAGCAUCAACAGAAAUGAGAUAUUCUAGAAGCAGGAAGCU